AUGAGACCAUGCAUUUUCAUACUUAGUUUAGCAUGGUUAUGUUAUGCUAUAGCUAUCUUACCGAAUGGAUUACAUUUAAUACUUGAUCAAAAAUUAUCUAUGCCAACAGAUUCAUACUUGUUGGAUUAUUUCAAUGCGCUGAAUAAUGAUUUACGUGUUGGUCCACCAGUAUAUUUUGUUAUUACAGAAGGACAUAAUUUUACUACUAUAGAUGGACAAAAUCAAGUAUGCGGUGGUACAGGUUGUUUGAAUACAUCAUUAUUACAAAAAAUUAGUAGUGCAUCUGUUUAUGCUAAUCGGUAA